AUCAACACUGGCCUUUUAACGUGAAUUGUUUGUGCGAUUGAACCGAGAUGUCUUUAGAAUCCAGAAUCCUCCAGACUUUGAACGACAGCGAUGAAAUCGUUGGCUCGAAAGGCUUUGAAAAUGAGUCUUUCGAUUCCAUGAAAGCUGUAUUGUCGUCUUUAUUUUCCAGUGAAAUGAUCGAUUAUAGGACAAACACUAUUGAAAAAUGGGUUUUAACAGAUGAGGGUUCAGACAUUGCCAGCAAUGGUUCAUAUGAAUACAAUCUUUUGAAAACAGUUAUAAAAUUGAAUGGUUUGUCCUUGGCUGAAGUUUCGAAAAUCAAAAAUGGUAAAAUUGGUCAAGCAAAAGCUUUCAGAAAUAAAUGGAUAUCAAAAAAUGGCAACACAUUAAUUGCCAGCGAUUUAUAUAAUCUAGAUAACUUGCCAAUUGAUGAAACCGCUGAACUUCUACUUGAGAUUCAAAAAAAUGGUACUUUAGAUAACAAAAAGGUCUUAGCAGACUUGAAAAAGAGAAAGUUGAUUAGCUUGACUAAAGUUUUCACUUUUGAUAUAAAAAAAUCUUCUAAUUUUGCCUUGCAAAAAACAAAAUUUGAAGCAGACAUUACAAUGGAUUUGAUUCAAAAUGAUUCUUAUAAAUCAGCCUCUUUCAAACCUUACAACUUUAAAACUAAAGGUGUUCCAGUCAAUUCUGGUGCUUUGCAUCCUUUGAACAAAAUUAAAACUGAGUUCAAAGAAAUUUUCAUUAGUAUGGGAUUCAAGGAAAUGCCAACAAGUCAGUAUGUUGAAAGUGGAUUUUGGAACUUUGAUACUUUAUACGUGCCUCAAAUGCACCCCGCAAGAGAUUUACAAGAUACCUUUUAUCUUUCUGAUCCAAGUUAUGCAAAUCCACCCGAAGAUAAAACUUAUUGGGAAAACACCAAAAAUGCUCAUGAGGGUGGUUAUUAUGGCUCAAUUGGUUACAGAUAUCCUUGGAAAGGUGAUGAAUCUUUAAAAACCGUCUUAAGAACCCAUACAACUGCUAUUUCUUCACAGAUGUUAUAUCAUUUAGCCAAAGAUCCUAAACCUAUAAGAUUAUUCUCAAUUGACAAGGUUUUCAGAAAUGAAGCUGUUGAUGCUACUCAUUUAGCUGAAUUCCAUCAAGUUGAAGGUGUUUUAGCUGAUUAUAACAUUUCUUUAACCGAUUUAAUUAGUUUCAUGGAAGACUUUUUCAGCAAGAUGGGUGUCUAUAACUUGAAAUUCAAACCUGCUUAUAACCCAUAUACAGAGCCAAGUUUAGAAAUUUUUUCUUAUCAUAAAGGAUUAGAUAAAUGGGUUGAAAUUGGAAAUUCAGGUAUGUUUAGACCUGAAAUGUUACAACCAAUGGGCUUGCCAAAAAAUUUGAAUGUUCUUGGUUGGGGUUUAAGUUUAGAAAGACCUACUAUGAUCAAAUAUGGUGUUAGUAAUAUUAGAGAACUUUUAGGUCAUAAAGUUAGUUUAGAUUUCAUUGAACACAAUCCUGCUGCACGUCUUGACGAAGAUUUAUAUUAAACUAAUCAGGAUUAACGUAAUUUAUAAGCAUACUCUGUAUUUUUUCUUCUAUUUUUUUCCUCUAUUUUUUUCCUUUUCCUUUUAUUAUGUCAUUUUUAAAUAAAUAGUUCAAUU